AAAUGUAGUCCAUGCGACUGUGACAUCACAGGAAGCGGCCCAGGAAAUCCUUUUCGGAUUUCGGUCGCCAAAGGAGGGUCUUUUCCAAAGUUGAGUGAGAGUCCAGCUCUGCUCUACAAUCCUGUUGCAUCUCUGACAUGGAGGCCUAACAGCUGUCCAGUCCACUCGGUUUCUCAGUCGCAUCUCUACUGCAGGCAGCCAGAACUAAUCUAGGAAGAGUAACUAUCACACAGGGAGUCCAGGAAUACCUUCGCACAGACUUCUGGUAAAUGUAGUCCAUGCGACUGUGACAUCACAGGAAGCGGCCCAGGAGAUCCUUUUCCGGCCUUCGGUCACCUCAGGAGGGUCUUUCUCAACGUUGGGCGAGAGUCCAGCUCUGCUCUACAAUCCUGUUGCAUCUCUGACAUGGAGGAAAUACUGUCCUUCUGGGAUGUGGCCAUUGAUUUCUCUGCAGAAGAGAGGAAAUGCCUGGAGCCUGCUCAGUGGAAUUUGUACAGGGAUGUGAUGUUGGAGAAUUAUAGCAACCUUGUGUUCCUUGGUCUUGCUGAGUCUAAGCCACACCUGGUGACACUUUUGGAGCAAAGACAAGAAUCUUCAGAUGUGAAGAGACAAGCAGCAGCCAACAUGCAGCCAGGAACAACACCCAAUGAUGAUAACGUUUACAGCAAGGCCAUUGAUUGUAACUCCCUAUAUAAUCAGCACCAGAGAAUUCAUACAAGGGAAAAAUCCUACAAGUGUGAAGAAUGUGGCAAAUCAUUUCACUAUCCUUCAAAGCUGAAGCAACAUCAAAGAAUUCAUUCUGGAGAGAAACCCUACAAGUGUGAAGAGUGUGGCAAAUCAUUUCACUAUCCUUCAAAGAUGAAGCAACAUCAAAGAAUUCAUUCUGGAGAGAAACCCUACAAGUGUGGAGAAUGUGGCAAAUCAUUUCACUAUCCUUCAAUUCUGAAGCAACAUCAAAGAAUUCAUUCUGGAGAGAAACCCUACAAGUGUGAAGAGUGUGGCAAAGCUUUUCAUGUUCCUUCAGUCCUUCGGGAACAUCAACGAAUUCAUAGUGGAGAGAAACCCUACAAAUGUGAAGAGUGUGGCAAAUGUUUUUCUUCAUCUUCAUGCCUUAGACGACAUCAAACAAUUCACUCUGAAGACUCUCUCUACAAGUGUGAAGAGUGUGGCAGAUGUUUUUGCUCAUCUUCGUCCCUUAGACAACAUCAAACAUUCCAUUCUGAAGACUAUCCCUAUAAGUGUGUAGAAUGUGGCAAAAGGUUUUCCUGUUCUGCAAGCCUUCAGGAACAUCAAACAGUUCACACUGGAGAGAAACCACACAAGUGUGAAGAAUGUCACAAAGCGUUUCAUUAUCACUCAUCCCUUAGGAGACACAAGAGAGUUCAUACUGGAGAGAAGAACUCCUUCCAGUGUGAAGAGUGUGGCAAAUGUUUUUCCUCAUUUUCAUACCUUAGACAACAUAAAGCAAUUCACUCCAAAGACAAUCCCUGCAAGGGUGAAGAGGGUGGCAAAAGUUUUUCCCAUUCUGCAAAGCUUCAGAAACAUCGUACAACUCAUAGUGCAGAGAGAUCAUACAAGUGUGAAGAAUGUCACAAAGCCUUUCGUUAUCAAUCAGGCCUUGAGAACCACAAGGCAGUUCAUAUUCAAGAGAAACUCCACACGAGUGAACUGAGUGGAAAAGAAUUAACUAAGACUGCUUUCCUCAUUGAGGACAAGGCAGCUCAUAUUGCAGAGAAAGCCUACAAGUGUGAAGAGUGUGAAAAGUGUUUUUCCUCACCUUUAGCCCUUAGACGACAUCAAACAAUUCAUUCUGAAAACAAUCCCCACACGUGUGCAGAGUGUGGCAAAAGGUUUUUCUGCUCUGCACGCCUUCAACAACAUCAGAUGGUUCAUACUGGAGAGAAACCAUACAAGUGUGAGGAGUGUGGCAAGUGUUUUGGCUCAACUUCAUAUCUUAGACGACAUCAAGAAAUCCAUGCUGACAACAAUCCCAACAAGUGUGAAGUGUGUGGCAAAAGGUUUUCCUCUGUUACAAACCUUCAAGAACAUCAGACAAUUCAUACUGGGGAGAAAUCAUGCAGGUGUGAAGAGUGUGGCAAAUGUUUUUACUUAUCUUCAUCCCUUCGACGACAUCAAGCAAUUCAUUCUAAAGAUAAUCCCUACAUGUGUACAGAAUGUGACAAAGGGUUUUCCUGUUUAUCAUACCUUCAAGAACAUCAGAAAACUCAUACUGGGGAGAAAGCAUUCAAGUGUGGAGAGUGUGACAAAUGUUUUUACUUUUCUUCAUCUCUUCGGCGACAUCAAUUAAUUCACUGUAAAGACAAUCCUUACAAGUGUGAAGAGUGUGGCAGAUGUUUUUCUUCAUCUUUAUCCCUUAGAGGACAUCAAACAAUCCAUUCUGAACAUAAUCCUUAUACAUGUGUACAAUGUGGCAAACGAUAUUCCUGUUCUAGGAGUCUACAGGAACAUCAAACAAUUCAUACUGGAGAGAAACCAUAUAAGUGUGAAGAAUGUGGCAAAGCCUUUCAUUAUCACUCAUCCCUUAGGAAACACAAGAGAGUUCAUACUGGAGUGAAACCCUACCAGUGUGAAGAAUGUCACAAAACCUUUUGUUAUGACUCAUCCCUUUGGAAACACAAGGGAAUUCAUACUGGAGAGAAACCCUACCAGUGUGAAGAAUGUCACAAAACCUUUUGUUAUGACUCAUCCCUUUGGAAACACAAGGGAAUUCACACUGGAGAGAAACCCUACAAGUGUGAAGAAUGUCACAAAGCUUUUCAUUAUCACUCAUCCCUUGGGGAACACAAGAAAGUCCAUACUGGAGAGAAACCGUACCAAUGUGAAGAGUGUGACAGAUGUUUUUCCUCAUCUUCAGCACUUAAUCGACAUAAAAAAAAGAAAAUUCCUUCUGAAGACAAUCCCUAAAAGUGUGGAGAUUGUGGCAGAGACUUUGCUAAUCUUUAUAUCCUUAUUCAACACAUCAUAUUGUUCAUAUGGGAGAGAAAUCCUACAAAUGUCUUAAAUAGUUUACUUGUUCAAUCCUUAAAACACAUCAUAUGAUUCAUUCUAUGAAUGUGAAAUGUGAUAAAAUCUUUUGUACCAAUACA